AUGAUGCUGAUGGAAGUGAGAGUGCCAGUCAUAAAAUAUCAAUAUAUUCUGACAAUGAUAUUUGCCACUGAGGAGAUCAACAGAAAUCCCAAACUUUUACCCAACAAGUCUAUUAAUUUUCAGUUCAGUCCGACAAAGUGUGAUGAUUCAUGGGCUAUUAUCUAUCAUCUAAAUUCCAUGGAAACUAAAGAGGACAUUGUUCCUAAUUAUAAUUGUGAAAUAGUUCAAUGUACUUUAUUAUGUACAGGACCAUCGUGGGCAACUAGUAGCAGAAUUGGGGCAUUGUUCUCAAUCUUUAAUUUAGGACAGGUGAGACUUUGUGAUAACAGAAUUCACUAUGGUCCAUUCCAUCCUAUUCUGAGCGACCGUUUUCAGUAUCCGUAUCUGUAUCAGAUUGCCCCCAAGGAAACAAGGCUGCCUUUUGCCAUCGUCACCUUAAUGCUUCAUUUCAACUGGACCUGGAUGGGGCUGGUCAUCUCUGAUGAUGACCAAGGUAUUCAAUUUCUCUCAGACCUCAGAGAAAAGAUGCAAGGAAAUGAACUCUGCUUAGCCUUUGUGAAUGUGAUCCCGUUAAACAUGCAGUUAUAUAAUACAAGGGCUGAGAAAUAUUAUCAACAAAUUGUGACAUCAUUGGCAAAUGUUGUGAUCAUUUAUGGUGAAAUGAAUUCUACACUGGAAGUGAGCUUUAGAAGAUGGGCAUAUUUAGGCAUCCAUAGGAUCUGGGUCACCACCUCACAGUGGGAUGUCAUCACAAAUACAGGAAGAGACUUCAUUCGUGACUCAUUCCAUGGUGCUUUCACAUUUUCUAAUCACUAUCAAGAGAUUCCUAAUUUUAAAAAAUUUAUUCAGACAGUGAACACUUCCCAAUAUCCAAUAAACUUUUCUGUUAUGCAAUCAGAAUGGAUGUGCUUUAAUUGUUUGGACAUUGAAUCUAAAUGUGAAACACAGAGUAAGUGUUCACUCAAUACUUUAUUAAAAUGGUAUGCAAGUCAAGGACUUGACAUAGCCAUGAAUGAUGAGAGUUAUAAUCUAUACAAUGCUGUGUACGCUUGGGCAUAUGCCUACCAUGAAAUUUAUUAUGAACAGGUAGAUGUUCACCCAAUAAUCAGUCUGUGCUUACUUGACUGCUCAAAGAUUUAUCACACUAUGAAGAAUUUGCAAUUUAUUAACCCCAUUGGAGACAUAGUGACCAUUAAUGAGAAAACAAAAUGUGAUGCAGACUAUGAUAUUUUCCACAUUUCAAAUUUUCCACAAGGUCUUGGAAUAAAGGUGAAAAUAGGACAGUUUUCUUCGUAUGGUUCCCCUGGUCAACAAUUGCAUUUGUCUGAUGAGGCAAUAGAGUGGGCCACCGGGGGUAGGCAGGUUCCCUCCUCUCAGUGCAGUGAGACUUGCAGGCCUGGUUUCAGGAAGUUCCUACAGGAAGGAAAGGCAGCCUGCUGCUUUGAUUGUUCCCCCUGUCCAGAAAAUGAGAUUUCUAAUAAAACAGAUAUGGAUCAAUGUGUAAAGUGCCCAAUCACUCAGUAUGCCAGCAUAGAGAAAAAUCACUGCCUCCAAAAAUCAAUGAAGUUUCUGGCUUAUGAAGAGCCCUUGGGGAUGGCUCUGGCUUCUUUGGCCCUGUCCUUCUCUGCACUCACUGCUCUUGUUCUUGGGGUUUUCGUGAAGCACCAAGACACACCAAUUGUGAAGGCCAAUAAUCGAGCAAACAGCUACAUCCUGCUCAUCGCUCUCAAGUUCUGUUUUCUCUGCUCAUUACUCUUCAUUGGACAUCCCAACACAGCCAAGUGCAUCCUGCAGCAGAUCACAUUUGCAAUUCUGUUCACUGUGGCUGUCUCAACCAUCUUGGCCAAAACAAUUACUGUGGUUCUGGCCUUCAGGGUCACAGCUCCAGGAAAAAAGAUGAGGGGGCUGCUGUUAUCAAGAGCAACUAACUACAUCAUUCCCAUCUGCACCUUCAUCCAACUUGUUCUCUGUGGACUCUGGCUGGGAACAUCCCCUCCCUUUGUGGACACUGAUGCACACUCGGAACUCGGCCACAUCAUCAUUGUGUGCAACAAAGGCUCAGUCACUGCCUUCUACUGUGUCCUGGGAUACCUGGGAUCUCUGGCUGUAGGGAGCUUCAGUGUGGCUUUCCUGGCCAGAAACCUGCCCGACACGUUCAAUGAAGCCAAGUUCCUGACCUUCAGCAUGCUGGUGUUCUGCAGUGUCUGGGUCACCUUCCUCCCUGUCUACCACAGCACCAAGGGGAAGGCCAUGGUGACAGUGGAGGUCUUUUCUAUCUUGGCCUCCAGUGCAGGCUUGCUAGGUUGCAUCUUUUUCCCUAAGUGCUACAUCAUUUUAUUAAGACCCAGUAAAAAUUCUCUAAAGAGGACAAAGAAAACAAUCCUGUCCAACCAAUUGAUUUCUAAAUUUUAA